AUGGGCAGCCUAGACAUGGGCAUGCAGGCCGGCGGAGGCGACCUGGCGACGCAAAUGGGCCUCGUCUCGGACAUGGUGCUCGACCCACGCAUGGGCCUGCCGCUGUACGGCAUCAAGAACGAAAAGGAGCAGGCCGAGUCGCCCGCCCCGUUUGCCCUGACGCCGCGCAUGUUCGACGCCGCCGACAACAACAACACGCUCGACUACGGCAGCAUCUACGGCGACGCUAUGUCGUCGGAUGCUGCAACGACGGCGCCGCCUGCCCUCGUUGCCGCGCCAGAGAGGAAUCGCACGACCCCUUCGUCGCCGCCGUCGGCCGCAUCGGCCACCAAGCUCAAGAAGCCCAGAGACGGCAGCGGCAAGGGCAAGAGCGGCAGCGCCGUGUCCCUGGCCGCGGCCGACUCACAAUCCUCACCCCCGCCGUCGAAAUGCGAGAAGCCUCCGAAGAAGAAGCCAAAGACGAGGUCCAAGACGGACCUAUCGGAGACGGCGGCGACUAGCGGCGGGCGUAAGCCCAAGCAAGACGCCAAGCGCAGCCGGUGCCUAGAGCGCAACCGCAUCGCCGCGUCCAAGUGUCGCGAAAAGAAGAAGCAGUGGGUGCACGAGCUCGAGGCGACAAAGGACGAGCUCGAGAGCCGGCACGCCAGCCUGCAGCGCGAGUAUAGCGGCCUACUCGACGAGGCGACGCAGAUCAAGACGUCGCUCAUGGCCCACGCCGUCUGCAACGACCGCAACAUUGACAUGUGGAUCGAGAGCGAGGCGGUGCGCUUUGUCCGCCGCUCCAACCGCCGCCACCAGCAGGCCGCCGCUGGCGGUAUCGAGAGCCGGCACUCGAGCAUUGCCAGCCUGGCCUCGCUGAACAGUCAAAACGAGUCGGUUGCGCAGUCCUCGACGACGGCGCCCACGGAAGACACGCAGCUGUCGCCGCCGGGACUAAAGGCCGACUUGAUAAACUUCGACUACAUGCCCGACGACAUGUUUGCCGACGCCGGCUAG